GAGGCCGUUGUCCGCCUGAUUGAAUCUUCUUACCAAUGGAAGGACCAGCACAAUCACCGACAAAAUAGCCUUGUGUUUUUUACCUACAGUGGGAUUUAAAUAUACGUGUUUUUAACAGAACUAAAUAUCACAAGAGGAGACUUAAACCUGACGUUGUUGACAUUUUCAGCCAUUUGGUGGAAUUUCAAUGAACAUUGUAACGAGAACAGAGGCAAGGGGAUCUUGAAAUGAUCAUAAAACAGCCAUUCUGAAGGUAUGGCCCGAGUUCCUAAUAUUCUUGUUGAAGAUGAAGAUCUCCUCUCUCCGAAGGAGCAACAAGAGGAGCAAAAAUGGAGCGAAUUUUUCCAGAAAAAGAAAUCGGAAACACAGAUACGGGAAGUGACGUCACGGGAUCGGAGAUUAAAGUCGGCCAAGAAAAUGAGAGAGCUUAAUCAAAGAUGGCGAAAUCUAGAAAGUCGAAGAUUGGAGAGGAGUAGAACAGAUCUGGAACGGUUAUCAUCGACUCUCUCCUCUACAGAACCGUCUAAUGACGUCACACCAGAAGACGAUGACGUGUAGAGUGCAGAGAGACUGUUGCUUUAGCCGGAUGCGAUAUUAUUGUGUUCCAUUUGUGAUACAUCGAGGUUAUCUAUGAGAUUUAACUUUAACAGUGGCUUAGCCAGCGUGCUUAUGUAUAUUUUUAAUGUGUGUGUGCUUUCAAAAGAAAUUUUAGGGAGAGGUCGAAGAAGUUUUAAGAAUUUGUGCUUCCUAAUCCCAUUGUAUAAAAAAUUUGCAAUAAAAACGCUCAAAUCAAAAACAAAUAUGAA